GCCAGGUCAGAGGCUGCUGUCAUUUAACCAGUCAACCCAGACUUGUCCAGCGCCUUGCCAGUUCCAGCCUGGGUGUGGGGCAGAAAAUGAGCAAGGCCAUGUUGGAGAAGGUGGGACCUGCGCUGUGCUUGCUUUGCACAGUCUGGGUGGCUGUCGAUGCUAUUUCUGUGGAAUCUACACAAGAUACUCUUCGGGCUGCUCGAGGCAAGAGCGUCACCCUCCCGUGUACCUACAGCACCUCCGCUUCAGACCGAAAUGGAUUUAUUCAGUGGGAUAAGCUUCUCAGGACUGAAACGGAAAGAGUAGUCACCUGGAAGUUUUUGGAUAAACAGUACAUCUACGGGACCCGUUAUGAGAACCGUGUGAUAAUGUCCAGUGAUGUUGACCGCUCCAAUGCCUCCAUCACCAUCGACCAGCUGACCAUGGAUGACAAUGGCACCUACGAGUGCUCCGUCUCACUGAUGUCAGAUCUAGAGGGUACCUCCAAGUCUCGAGUCCGCCUCUUAGUCCUCGUGCCGCCCUCCAAGCCAGACUGCGGCAUCAUAGGGGAGACGGUGAUUGGGAACAACAUCAACCUGACCUGCCGGUCUGCAGAGGGCUCGCCGAGCCCACAGUACAGCUGGAAGAGCUACAACGCCCAGAACCAGGAGCGGCCGCUCACCCAACCAGCCUCGGGCCAGCUGUUGCUUUUGAAGAACAUCACCACAGAAAUGGCGGGCUACUAUGUCUGCACUUCCAGCAACGAAGUGGGAGUGGAGUCCUGCAACAUCACAGUGGCUCCCAGACAGCCUUCCAUGAACAUUGCGCUGUAUGCGGGCAUCGCGGGAGGUGUGUUCGCGGCCCUCAUCAUCAUCGGCAUCAUUGUCUACUGCUGCUGCUGCCGGGACAAGGAUGAAAAGGCCGAGGACAUGGAGGAUGCGAGGCCGAACCGAGCUGCUUACCAAAAGCCUCAAGAGCAGCGGAGAGAAGUUUCCAGAGAGAGGGAAGACAAAGAUGACUACAGGAAUGAUGACCGGAGGAGCUCAGGGCAUAGCUCUCUUGACCAGCCCUUCAAGUGAAGGGGCUGCUGCCCAAUGGAGGGGAGGGCUAGGCUCCAGCCUCCUGCUCUGGCCUCUUUUUCUUUCUAGCCCCGUAAUCCUGCCCCUUCCCAGCCAUUGGCGGAGUGGAUCUUCGAGUGUGUGUGUGUGUGUGUGUGUGUGUGUGUGUGUGUGUGUGUGUGUUUCUGGGGAGCAUCACUGGCCUGGCAGCAUGGGUCCUACCUGUUACCCUGAUGACCACACUGAAAGGACCCUUGCUAAUUGCUAAUUCUGACUCAGGGUUGGGCCUCCUCCUGGGACCAGACAGCACCCUCUGCUUCCCUUAUGGUUGUUGGCAGGGGCUUGGGGAAACUCAGCACUGAGCAGGGGCUCCUUCUGUUCAGAGCUCCUCAUGCAGGCAGUGCCAGCUUCAGAGGGGGGGGGGUCUGCCCUGCCCACCACGCCCAGCACUCAUAGAGAACCUGGGAAUGGGUUGCACUCAAUAUUUGUGUUGAAUGAAGGAGAGGCAUCAAGGAUACAGUGGAGCCCCUGUGAUCAACCCUGCUUCAUCUUGCCCUCCAUGCUUGGGGGUCACAGUGGCCUCCAGCUGCUCUCUCAGCCUCGUCUUCGGCCAUAUUGCUCCUGCUCCCAGACGCAUGCCUUCUCAGGACUUCCCCGAACACAGUUCAGCCCUGUCUGUAAAAAUCCUGCCUGUCCUUACAGCCCACCACUCACAGAUCCCAACUGCUUUUCUUGAUCCUGUUGUGACCACUCCCAUGCAGGGAAACAGCAAAGUCACGUUGUCCUACAUCCAAACCUGCGUAACAGGCAAGACCAUCAGGGCCCUGCUUCCUGCUGGAAUAGAGUAGGUAGCCCUGGAACAGGCUCUGGGCACUUGCCAUCAUAGGCAGGGCUUUUUCUCUGGGUUGUGACUUGGGACACCUGAUGUCUCCACCCAAGCCCUGUGCUAGUCUGGUAAGGUGGGCAGACUAAUUUAAAAUGAACAACACACACAAGCUCACUUGCCUCCCACCCCUGCCCAGCCAUUGGCCUCCGAAUGCCAGCUGAGGCUCGCUGCCCUGCCUGCAGCCCUCAGCCUCCACCCCUUCCCCUCUGGUAAGUUCUUUCAGCUCUCCAGGGCUCAGGCCAGACAGGCUGCUCCAAAUGUGUUUUAGCAUCUGAUCACUAGGAAAGCAAAUGUAUAAAUCCCUUGUCCCGUCUGAUUUUAUUUACAUGUAUAUUUUUAUAGACUUUGCUAAACCCCUUGUUUAAUUCAAAAUGUUUCCUUAUCAAUAAAGUUACCGGUGGAAAUUCA